UUGGUCCCCGCUCCGAACAAGCGAGCCCGGGCCCGCCUCCCCGCCGCGAGCCGGGGUCCCCGGGGCGCGCCGGCCGCGCGCAUGGGAGGGGCCCCCCCUUGCCUGGCCUAGCCGGGCUGCGGGGGGGGGGGGGCGGCACCGGGAGGCACCAUGUGCUGAGACCAUUUUGCAUCUUCCCUGCAGAGCCCCAAGGGGCGGCGCAGCCCGGGCUGCCCCGGGGGGAGGCUUUUGUGUCGCCUUGGCCGCGCCCCCUCCCCCCGGUUCCUGGGGAAAUCCACCUCCGCAUCUUCCCCCGCGCCGCUCCCCUCCCUCCCUCCCUCCCCGGGUGUCGGUCCGUACAGGAGACACCGUCGUGUCUUCACGAUUAACCCCCUAGAUCCGCAGUGCGGGGCCGGAGAGGAACCCGGGGGUCCCCGGACCCUCCCGCUGCCCCGUCCCCACCCGGCCCGGCGCAGGCUCGCGGGGGAGAUUAAUCCGGAUUGAUUCUCCGGGGCGGGGGUGUGGAGGGAGUCGGGGGGGGGGAUCCUCGGCAGGAAGCAGAGGAGGAGGAGGAGGAGGCGUGAAGCGCUGGAGGAAGCCGGAGCUCAGGAUGUAGCCCUGCGAGGAGCCGCUCCCCGGCACGCCAUAAAGAUCCCACAAUGGGAACUCCUUUGACGUUCGCAAGACAGAAUGGACUCUGGCAUGGUCUCCCAUAGCUGUGUAUUGUCUCUUCAGGGCACAGGGCUGUGAAAGCUCACUUCUGUUACUAUGGGGACCCCGCAGGGAUCAUCCGGCAGAAUGAGGAAGUUCCGGGCAAGGUUCUGACACCAUGAAGGGCUACCAUGGGGAGCGCAGCCAAUCACAGAGCUCCACAGGGCACCCGUGUCACUGCAUCCCAGAGGACUCUGACCAGCCCCUGGACUACAUCCGCCACGGCCAGGAAUCCAGGCAGCCGUACCUCCUCAGCCCCAGUGAGCCUUGUUCUUUGGAUCACCGCUACUGCCCCUCUCGGAGCCCUGGGAUCCCCGCUGAGUGCCCAGGCGGGCCGAUGAGCCUGACCGAGCCACUCUCCGCCAGCAGCAGCAGCACCUUCCCCAGGAUGCACCACAUGCAGCAGCAGUACGACUCCUGUGACGAGUGCAUGGCGGCCACCCACCCCUCCAGCAAGAUCAACCGCCUGCCCCCCACCCUGCUGGACCAGUUUGAGAAGCAGCUGCCGCUGCACCAUGACGGCUUCCACACGCUGCAGUACCAGCGGGCCAGCACCACGGAGCAGCGCAGCGAAAGCCCCAGCCGCAUUCGCCACCUGGUCCACUCCGUCCAGAAGCUCUUCGCCAAGUCCCACUCCCUGGAGGCCCCGGCCAAACGGGAGUACAACGGCACCAAGAUGGAGGGCCGGGGGGAUGGGUACCACCAUCACCACCAGCACCACCAGUCCCGGCAUGGCAAGCGGAGCAAAAGCAAAGACCGCAAGCUGGACUCCCGGCACCGGCCCAAGAUGAUGGGCUGGUGGAGCUCUGACGACAACUUGGACAGCGACAGCAGCUACCUGGUGUCCGGCCGGCACGCCGUGGACCAGGGCACCCAGUACUGUGUGGAUGCUCCUGAAAGUGCCUUCAGAGACUUGACUUUGAAGAGUCUAAAAAGCGGGGGGGAGGGCAAGUGCCUGGCCUGCGCCGGCAUGUCCAUGUCGCUGGACGGUCAGACGCUGAAGAGGAGUGCCUGGCACACCAUGACGGUCAGCCAAGCCCGGGAGGCAUAUCCCAGCUCGGGAGGCAGCCAGGAGAAAGCCUUGGUAUUGCAGGAGGCAAAAGCCAAAGACAGAGGCUACCAUUACCUUCAGGUGCCGCAGGAUGAGUGGAGCAGCUACCCAGCGGUGGGGAAGGACGGCGAGAUCCCCUGCCGGCGGAUGCGGAGCGGCAGCUACAUCAAGGCCAUGGGGGACGACGACAGCGGUGACUCGGAGGCCAGUGCCAAGGUGUCUCCCAAGGGCUUGUUCCGGCGAGAUGGCUACCGCCGCUCCUCCAGCGUAGACCAGGCCAGGACUAAGUUUGCAAGUAGGCACUAUUCUGAUUCAUAUAUCUGUAACUGUCCCAGCUGCUGCACCCCGCCCAGAAUGCACCCUCGGGGACAGGGCUACGGACGCUCCUUCACCACCGGCCAGAUCAACGAGGAGCUGAACCACCAGUUUGAGGCGGUCUGCGAGUCCGUCUUUGGUGAGGUGGAGUCCCAGGCCGUGGAGGCGCUGGACCUGCCUGGCUGCUUCCGCAUGCGGAGCCACAGCUACCUGCGGGCCAUCCAGGCGGGCUGCUCCCAGGACGACGACUGCCUCUCGCUCUUCUCCAUGGCCGUCCCGCCCAGACCAGCCAUCACCAGCAGCAUCCUGAAGCCCAGCACCUCCUUCAGUUACAGAAAAGCGCCGCCUCCCCUCCCUCCAGGAAUCAAAGCCAAGCCGCUGAUCUCAGUCACGGCACAGAGCAGCACUGAGUCCACCCACGAGAGCUACCUCCCCAGCGAGGUCUCCCGGAGCCCCUCGUGGUCCAAAGAUGCCGCGGCUCGCUGCAACUCCACGGAGAGCUUGGAGAACUCCAAAGUGACGGCCAUCUCCUUGGAUCUGCCUCCCGUCCAGCCCCGGGGCUCUCCCAAGCCGUCCACACUCAUCAUCAAGGCCAUCCCGGGCCGGGAAGAGCUGAGGAGCUUGGCACGGCAGAGGAAAUGGCGCCCAUCCAUCGGAGUUCAGGUUGAGACUAUAUCUGAUUCCGACACAGAAAGCAGGAGCCAGAGGGAAUUCCACUCCAUCGGGGUGCAAGUGGAGGAAGACAAAAGGCGGGCCCGGUUCAAGCGCUCAAACAGCGUGACGGCCGGCGUGCAGGCAGACCUGGAGCUGGAAGGCUUCACGGGCCUGUCGGUGGCCACAGAGGACAAGGCCUUGCAGUUCGGGCGGCCCUUCCACCGGCACUCCUCAGAGCCAGACGCGUCCAGCCGGCAGUACUCGGUGUUCAAGACGGUGCACACGCAGGGCCAGUGGGCCUACCGGGAGGACUACCAGAUGCAGUAUGACACCGUGGAGGUGCCCCGGCGGGACUCCUGGAUAGACAGGGGCUCCCGCAGCCUCCCCGACUCUGGCAGGGCCUCUCCCUGCCACCGGGACGGGGAGUGGUUCAUUAAGCUACUGCAGGCUGAGGUGGAGAAGAUGGAAGGCUGGUGCCAGCAGAUGGAGCGGGAGGCCGAGGACUAUGACCUGCCGGAGGAGAUUCUGGAGAAGAUCCGGAGCGCCGUGGGCAGCACCCAGCUCCUGAUGUCCCAGAAGGUGCAACAGUUUUUCCGACUCUGCCAGCAGAACAUGGACCCUAAUGCGUUCCCCAUGCCCACCUUCCAAGACCUGGCUGGAUUCUGGGACCUCCUGCAGCUGUCCAUCGAGGACGUCAGCUUGAAGUUCGCGGAGCUUCAGCAGCUCAAGGCCAACGGAUGGAAACUCAUCGAGCCCAAGGAAGAGAAGAAGGUCCCUCCCCCGAUACCAAAGAAGCCGCCGCGCUCCAAGGUGCACCCAGUGAAGGAGCGCUCCCUGGACUCCGUCGACCGGCAGAGGCAGGAAGCCAGGAAAAGGCUCCUGGCAGCCAAGAGAGCUGCCUCCUUCCGCCAGAACUCAGCCACCGAGAGCGCAGACAGUAUCGAGAUCUACAUCCCCGAGGCGCAGACCAGGCUGUGACCGGAGCCCUGGCUUUUCUACCGCACUGUACAGAGAGUACAUAGCUCACUGUGAUGGCCGGGGAACCCCCGGGGCAGCUCUCGGCCCACUCACAGCUUCUCGACUUAUCGUCUACGAUUCAUGGAUCCGACGGUGAAUGAACACGAGCCUGGUUCUGUCCUGCCCUCGUGCCCCUCCCCGUGGGGCAGGGCUCUGCCCAGCCCUGCCUGCCCACAAGCCCCUUCCUGGCCUCUCCCCAAGCCCCUUGUCUGCCCUGAAGCCUUUUCUGCCCCCCAUCUCCCCUCCUUCUUACAGCUCCGUCCUGUCCCUUCCCUGCACCCUCCCUGGUGGCCACCUGUACCCUCCUUUCAGAGCUCUUUGUACCUUGCUCCUUGCAGCCCCCCUCCUCUGUGUGUCCCCCUCUCCCCUCCUCACGCCCCCCUCUUAUAUUGGAGAGGGAGGAGCCCCCCCAGCUCAGCUGAUGGGGGGGCAGGCAGGCCCUCCCCUGCACCUCCGUGUGUCCUCCCCCCAUGGUCGUGCCACCUUUAACUUCUCCCAUUUCCUCAAUUCAAUGCAAACAAAGCGUCUUGUGGGGGGAAGCGCCGCUGAGCUCCUGCCAAAGUCACCAU